AAUGACAUCGAUGCCUGGGCCACUGACAUAUCCCAGUUGUUUGAGCACCUAGACGUUACCGAUGCGACAGUUGUCGGACACAGCACUAGUGGGGGAGACUUGACGUGCUUUGCUGCAAAGUUGAAGGCGCACAGCGGCUAUGGUCCCUAUGGAAGCAAGAAGUUGAGUUGGGUGUUGGGUGAAGAAGCUAGUGUUGAUCAGCACGAUGAUACCGCAGUUUUUUCCUACGACGUACCCGAGGGUCCGUUGUUCGGGUUCAACCGGCCUAAUGCUAUCGUCAGCAAAGGUUUCAUCCCGACCUGUUAUAACCAGAGCCGGGAUAACCAGAGCAUGCAAGCAUCUUUUAAGAGCACGUUUGACACCAUCGCAUCGUGGGAGACGGAUUUUCGACCGGAUCUUCAGAGCUUGGAUAUGCCUAUUCUAGUGAUACAUGGCGUUGCCGAUCAAAUCAUUCCCAUU